AUGGCAUCAGCGUACAGCGCAUACCAUGGCGCCAAGAGCUCGCAGUUCACAGUCACGGCUCUCGGCCGAUGGUCCAUCUUGACGAAGCAGCUCCCAGCUGUUGACAAGGUCCGAGUUCUCCAUGUCUACGAUUUCGACAACACACUAUUCCGAACCCCCAUGCCAAACCCGACUCUGUGGACUGGCCCGACGAUAGGAUUGCUCGCGACCCAAGAAGCAUUUUACAAUGGCGGGUGGUGGCAUGAUAACCGCAUACUUGCAGCCACUGGCGAAGGCGCUGAGAAGGAAGAAGAGCGAGCUUGGGAGGGCUGGUGGAACGAAAAGGUGGCUGAUCUUGUCAAGCUAAGCACGAAGCAGCCAGAUGCUCUCUGCGUGCUGUUGACGGGCCGCUCUGAGCAUGGCUUUGGCGAGCUGAUCAAAAGGAUGGUGACAAGCAAAGGACUCGAGUUCGACAUGGUCAGCUUGAAACCGAGAGUCAGCCCUGCAAACCAGAGCUUUCAGAACACAAUGCACUUCAAGCAGCUGUUUUUCGAGGCCCUCAUGGAGACGUACCAGCAGGCGACCGAGAUCAAAGUAUACGAAGACCGCCCUAGGCAUACAAAGGGAUUCCGAGACUUCUUUGCCGAAUACAACAGGCGUCAGACCGAAGCGCCUACGCGAGGCCUUAUCACAGCCGACGUUGUCCAAGUGGUCGACUCUUCAACCCUUCUUGACCCCGUCGUAGAAGUCGCCGAAGUCCAACACAUGAUCAACCAACACAACACUACCUUGACUAAAGAGCCUUCCUCCAAGAGCAAGCUCAUGAUCAAGAAGACAGUCUUCUUCACUAGCUAUAUGAUAGGCGGCGACGACAUUAAGAAGCUUCUGAAGCUCGCCAAGAUUCCUGCUAGCGUAUCAAAUAACGACCUCAAGUUCCAUGCCAACAAUAUCCUCAUCUGCCCCAGGCCAUGCCCCACAAGCAUACUUGAAAAGGUUGGUGGCAUGGGCAGCAAGAUGUUGUGGGAGGUCACCGGCACAGCCUGUUUUGACAACUCCAUCUGGGCUGCGUGUGUCCGCCCCGUGCCUCACACUGCAAAGUUUCACACCGAUAACCCCAUACCGCUUGUCGUGCUUGCCCUUAGAAAAGGCGCUCGCCCUAUGGAUGCUGGGAAGAUUACUGCUUGGCAGCCUGUGCCGGUAGAAGAGCGCUUUUCAUUUGAGACGACUGUUGGUGAAAAGGUGGUUCUCCGCAUUGAGGCAGAAGACCCCAAAGAAGAUGAAUACCAGAGUCUCUUUGCCAACAAGUCCCACAAGCGCAAGCACAAUGCAGAUGAAGAAUGGGCGGCUCGGUCGGUUCAGUAUGCCGGCCGAAAUGAGUCCAGAGGCUUUCAUUCUGGUAGGGGCCGCAAUAAGGGCGGAAAGCCUGGCCGAAGCCAUCGUGCCUCCAGGGGCGGACGAGGUGGACGCGGACGCGGUGGGCAUGGCUACCGAUCUCUCGAUGACGUUGAUCCCAAGGGUCAGUCCAAUGAUGCUCCUCCGGGCUCCUUUGGCCGGGGUCGACCAAUGGGCGGACAGCCAUCCAACGGUUCAGAUCUACAGAGUUACUAUUAG